AUGAAACCCAUUACAACCCUUUUCAUGCUCUCAAUCCUCUGCCUCUCCUUAGUGCCACACCAAAUUGUCGCAGAUGAUCCUGCCAAAAGCACCAAUAAUCUAAUAGAACAUGCUUGCCAGCGCUCAAGAAGUAGAGAUUUUUGUGUCUCUAGCCUUGCGUCUGAUCCUAGUAGCCAACAUGCCGACCUAAGAGGCUUAGCGUCGAUAGCAAUCAAGCUCGCCCAUAAAAAUGCCACCGACCUGAUGGACCACAUUGCCGUUUUGGCUAACAAUGACACCAUUAGUACAGACCCUGCCGCUCAGCAGGGCCUAUACGAUUGCUCGGAUAAUUACCUGGACGCAGCCGAGCAGCUUGAGAACUCACUCGCCGCUCUCUCGGAGAAUUCCUACCACGACGCUGACGUGAGCAAUUGGGUGAAGGCAGCGAUUGCUGAUGCUAAAUCAUGUGAGGCCGCCGUUGAGGGACUGAAGUUUGAGCUGUCCCACCAGAACAGAGUAUUUAUUCUGUUAGCCAAGAAUGCCUUCGCCACCGUUCAGGUCUUGACUGGAUAA